AUGAGUUCGACAGCCGACAACUAUUACCUUGGAUCUCUUCCACUGGCUGCAAUGGCUUGGAUUCGAUUGGGUGUACAGCCAAUGGUCUGCUUGGUCGGCGAUCCGAAAGAAUAUGAAUCAAAUCUGACAAGACCGAGCAUAGAAAUACUGAAGAAACUCAACACGACGAUCACUUUUCUGCAAGGAAAGAUCACUCUGAAGAAAGCUACAAUAGCUCAACAUUGCCGUCUUUAUGCUGCGAACUCGCAACUUCCAUUGCAACCGGAGGAUGUGAUAAUCAUUUCUGACUCUGAUUACAUACCGAUUCACAAAGAAAGGCAUUGGGCUGAUGGAGUUGAUCUGAUGCUCUAUAAUUCUCAAUGCUGUGGUUAUGAGAACCACCGCGGAUCUCAUUUCCCCCAUCUCACUGUGCUUACAAUGGGAAUGACUGUCGCGACUUUUCGAGAAGUUUUGGGCACCUCCAAAGCUCGGUAUGAGAAUGCCACUUCCAUUGAAGGAGAUCUACUGAACUCGUUCGGAAAAGAAGGAUUUGAGGAGGCCUACAAUCAAGCGAGAGACCUUGAACAGCUGCACAAACACCGAAUGUGGUACUCGGAUCAGAUUUUGAUCUCGUAUCGGAUUAAUCAAUGGAAACGAAAUAAACCGGGCGUGAGUCGAACUGGAGAAUGGUCGUUGGUUGGAGCGAGAUUGGACAGAAUGUCUUGGCCUCGACCAGAAGAAGUCGAAAAAAUCAAUGUCUCCACAUACGGUGACAUGCAUUUGAUGAGGCCAGCAAUGAAGAAAUGGCUUGACAUUCGCCCUGUUUUCAAAAACCUCUUCUCACCCGAGUUUUACAAAAUGGCUGACGAUUAUGGAGUGAAGCUGUUGGAUUACCAUUCACAAGAUCUUGGGCCAAAUCCUCAAUCUUUUGUC